GAACAGAGAAAAACCUUGAUUUAAUUACGGAAAGUAAGAGGCUGAGCCUGGUCCCAACCAAACGCCUGAAACCUAAACCAAAAGCAAAAGGCUAAAGAGUAAGGCCCCCUUCCCUUUGUUGACAUCCUCACCAAAUCUCUUGCUUUUCUUCUCUCUUGCUACUCUCCUCUAAUUUUUCACCUUCUGAUUUGUUUACAAAGGCAAACAACACAACUCGUUUUUAUCCUUAUAUAUCAGUUUGGGAAAAAAGGUAGAAGAAAUGAACGGUGAUGAUGCUCAGAGUAUGAUGGAAUCCCAGUACAUACAGAGACAUCACAGGCACAACAUCAGAGACGACCAGUGCACCUCUGCUCUUGUUAAACACAUCAAAGCUCCUGUUCAUCUCGUAUGGUCAUUGGUAAGGAGAUUUGACCAGCCGCAAAAGUACAAGCCCUUCGUCAGCAGGUGUAUAAUGAAAGGGGACCUCGGGAUCGGCAGUGUUAGAGAGGUCAACGUCAAGUCCGGACUUCCGGCAACCACCAGCACCGAACGGUUGGAACUUCUCGAUGACGAAGAACACAUUUUAGGCAUCAAAAUCGUCGGCGGCGACCACCGUCUCAGGAAUUAUUCUUCGAUCAUGACGGUGCAUCCCGAGGUUAUUGAAGGAAGGCCAGGUACAAUGGUGAUCGAAUCGUUCGUCGUGGAUGUGCCGGAAGGGAACACCACGGACGAAACUUGUUACUUCGUGGAAGCUUUGAUCCGAUGUAACCUGAAAUCGUUAGCCGAUGUUUCAGAGAGGAUGGCUGUGAUGGACCAGACAGAGCCUAUCAACCGAUACUAACUGAAAAAGGUGGAAUUGUGAUGACCAAAAAGAAAAAGACUAAUCUUUAGGAGUUUGUGAUAUAUGAUCAUCUUUCACUUUGUUAUGGAACACUCUUUUAACACCCUUUUGGUUCUUAGUUUAAAUGCUUGAGUAAGUAGUUUAUCUAUGAGAUAUCCGAAUUCAUUACAAGCCUCCAAAACUACGGUCUUAUUUGUAAAUAUUUAAGAUUAAGAAGAGAUGGGAGAAUUUUAAUUCCAUUUCCCAUAUUUGUAGCAGCAGCCAGGCCCAGCAGGAUGAAUUUGGAGAAACCAUUUGAAGUACAGAUAUGUUUUAUGAUGGUGUCUAUUUUUAGUAGUCUCUUGUUGGGAUCAUUUUUGGUAUUGCUGCUAGUUUUCAUUUUUGGAAACUUAAAAAGUAGAUAUUUGUUGAGUAGAGUUCUCAGCCUAUUGAUUUGAGUGCAGAAAAGUGUGGGUACACCAUGGAAAUGCACCAAGAUUAGCUUUUUCUGAGUCAUAAUGUUGCACAGCACGUUAACUGAUCAAAAACAUCUUGUGAUGAUCUUUGUUUAAAGUAAAAGACCUACCUUGGUGGAAACUGGAAAGACUUUUGCAUUUUCUGCAACAAAUCAACUUCAAACACGUGAGAAUGGAAGUUGGAAGAGUGAGAGCACGUCAUAGAAAGUUGGUAGAACAUAAUAAUUAUCAUUUCAUAUCCUGGAAACUUGUAAGGAUGUAACGCUUGUAGUUUUGAAGCUGUAACGAUGUCAUUGGUUGGUUCCAUUAAAAUGUUUUCUUGUGCUUUCUAUAAAUGAAGAUAAGUGGCUAACGAACUUCACGUUUCGUCUUAA